AUGGCCACCCCUGUCAACCACACACUUGGGCCAGAAUGCCGUCUGGCACCCGUCUCUCGGCCCAGAGGCGAGAAUGGCAUGCCGCCUGUCGAGGCCCAAUUCUUCUAUCAGUCGGCAAUCCCCAUCGACGACCCGUUGUCGACAACCACCACCACCAGUAGCUCUGACCCACGAGCUGCAAAGGUCCCUCUACGUCCAUUCGGCUGCGGUGACAAUAAUGCUCUCGAGAAGGCCUGGAUGAGCCUACAGUCCCAAGACGCUCGUCUCAAUCAUAUGAAUGUCAUGAAUGGGCGCAAUAAGACGCCUGAAUCAGCCAAGAUUGGUGAAGAGAAGAGACAUUUGCUCGUCCAAUCUCUGUCUAUAGAGCACUGGCUCCAGCACGGAUCCAAGCUCCAACCCAAACCGCUCGGCACACCGGCCGACGCAUCUUUACCGAGCCUUGAGAAUGUCUGCUGUCAUGCACUUGCUACUGACGUAUCGGACGAGCUUGACAAGACUUUUUGUGCGCUGGAAAGACAAGUCCGACCGUCGCUGCAAAUCGAAAAUGUCGUCCACGACAUCAUGGAAAUCAUUGGCCACUGGCGUCGCCCCGAGAUGGAGUCGGGGAGCUACAAUGGAGAUGAUGGCGGCUCAACAUCUGCAACAUCUAUGUCACCGGCGGUCCCUCGAGAGCCUACUUCUACCCGAAACCCGGGAAAUACAGCGGAUAUGCGUGACGAAGUAGCGCAUAUCAACAAGUUUCCGGCUGGAUCUGUGGGAAGACAAGAGAGCAGGGCCCGAUCAGGCUCUCAGCCCAUUUCGGGAAGCCCCAACCCUGCGAGGCGGUAUAGCGGCCAAGAUGGAAUAACUGGCAAACCCUUUAUCCGAGUCGGCGAUGGCGCUGAGUCCCCACAACCGUCAACACCGACAACACCAACUUCCGAGCCCCCCCAUCAUCAAAAACGGCUGCAGGGGGAACAAGAAACUACCGCGUCUGAGAGACCGGGAACAGACACUUUGAAAGAAGUCCAGGCGAAAAAGGUCGAGAAGUUUGGCCAAGACUCAACAGAUGUCCCCGUUGGAGUAUCGAGACUGCACAUGGUCUCACUCCCCGUACUCCAGAUGAAGCCAAUCUACUGGUCCCCGGUAAACGAUGUGGCCGUUGUCACGAGGGCGACAUGGUUCUACAAGGAUACCAUGAUGCCGGUGCCCUCGGCUGUUUCGAACCAGCUGGAGACAGGCUACCGUGAACUGCAGCCAUGGACCGAGACGUGGAGUGACGAGAUCAAGUGCGCCAUUGAUGUUGGAGCUCUGGCUGAAGAAAAGCUCGUCCACCAGCUCUGGCCAGGUGAUACGGCUCGCAAGAAGGCCAAAAACGAAGAGUUAUCCAACCAGCCAGAGAUCUCGUCUGACCCCUAUUGCGCCGCUCGUUGUUCCCAAGGCGAGGCUGCUGCUGAGGGUUCUAUCGAGUCAGUAAAAUCCAAGUUAGAGACCAAGUCAGACUCUCCCCGGAAGGCGUUCUCUAGUUACUCGGUCAUAUACAAAGAUUCGAGAGAAGCCUUUAUGCUCAAGCCAAGCCUGAUUCCAUCUGCUUAUUAUGGUCGUAAGCCACUGGCAACUAUCACCAAGGGCGGAACUGUAGGGAUCCCUGUUGUGAGAGGUUUCGACCGUGCCAGAUGGGAGAAGAUCCACCUUAAGAAGCAAGCAUCUGGCGGAUCCAGUGAUAAGGCAGAGAACCAGCAUGGGUCUCCAAGUCCACAGGGAAAUAUCUGUUUGGCUUGCAAAGAAGAUAGUGGUCGAGGCCAAGUCACGGACUUGGUCCUGGUGAUGCACGGGAUCGGUCAGAAGUUUGCCGAGCGAGUCGAAAGUUUCCAUUUUACGCAUGCAAUAAACAGACUCCGUCGAGCCGUCAGCAUCGAGCAUGGGAACCCGGUUGUCCAGCAAAUUCUGCGACAAGGCCACAACAGACUAAUGGUACUGCCCAUCAACUGGAGAGCUGGAUUGUCGUUUGAAGACAGCAGUGUGUUCCACGGCAAAGACAAGAAGACUGGUGGGUUUGGUCUCAAGGACAUAGAACCGGACACAAUUCCCGUCGUGCGAAGCAUCAUUUCCGACGUCAUGUUCGACAUUCCCUUCUACAUGUCGCAUCACAAGAGCAAGAUGAUCGACGCCCUAGUUGCCGAAGCCAACAGGGUGUAUCGCCUGUGGUGCCAGAACAAUCCCGGGUUUGCCGAGAACGGACGAGUUCACACCAUAGCGCACUCACUAGGUACCGCCAUGACUCUCGAGGUCCUUUCACACCAGCCUACGACUGUGCCCCGGAUCGACUUAUCAUCAAAAGAACCAGAGAAGAGUUUCUUCGAAUUCAAUACGUCGAACCUGUUCCUGCUUGGAAGUCCCGCAGGAUUUUUUCUGCUUCUAGAGCAAGGUGCACUCAUGCCACGACGGGGUCGCAAGAAGCCGGGGGCCGAUCCUGCCGACUACAUGUCGAGCAGCAUCACGGGUGAGGCCGGAUCGUUUGGAUGCUUGGCAGUGGACAAUGUCUACAACAUCCUGGCCAAGGAGGAUCCCAUCGCAUACUUGCUCACUGGAGCUGUGGACACCAAUUACGCUGCUAGCCUCAAGAAGGCUCACGUUCCCAGCACGGCGGUAUCAUGGGUGAAGUCUGUGGGUGAAGCAUUUCGGCAGGUCCUGCCGGGUGCUGGACCAGCAGCGCCCCCUGACUCUAUGUCUGUCGAGGAGCAACGCCCCCCCGCGGCCCGCCUACCGUCGCAGCUGGAGCUCGAGGUUCACGACUUUACGCGCGAGGAGAUUGCCGAGAAGAAAGCAUACCUGCUCAACGACAAUGGGCAGAUUGACUGGUAUCUCCGGUCCGGGGGCGGGCCUCUCGAGAUUCAGUACGUCAACAUGCUCAGCGCGCACUCGACAUACUGGACAAACACCGACUUUAUCCGGAUGUUGUGCAUCGAGAUUGGCAGGGAGCCCGGGAGGGCCAAUACUCUGCCUGCCAUGAGGGCAGUAAAGGCGUCCAAGCGCAUGAUAUAG